GCCACCGAGAUACCACCGCUUUCUGGUGCUACAGUACGGCAGUCUAACCAGCGCCAUGUUCAGAGCUCUCGAGCCCAACCCGGAGGACAAGCUCCACCUUCGACUGCACCGGGCCCGAUCCGUCGUGCUGACCUCGGACGAGCUCGUCGAGAUCCGCGCGGCGCAGCGCACCUUCGAGGGCGCCUACAUGCGCACCGCCCUCUCCCAGUUCAGCUUCGCCCUCAUCAUCCUCAAGAUCUUCACGUCCGAGUUCUACCCGAUCGGCGCCCUGCUCGCCGUCUACGGCUUCUGCAUCCUCCUCAUCGCCGCCUACCGCCGCCACGAGGGCAACCGCCAGUUCUUCAGCGAGGACCCCGCCCCCGACGACGGCGGCCCCGCCCGCCCCCGCCUCUCGCCCGCGCCCAAGAAGAAGUUCCGCACCAGCGGCAACAGCGUCGCCCUGCUGGCUGCCCUGAGCCUCGGCGCCUACGUCGCCCUGCUGGCCCUCAUCUUGACCUUGGAGUCGUAACUGUGUUUUCUAUUGCCAUGACAUGCUGGCAUUGUGUUUUGUGGGAAUCACUAGCCCUGUAGAUAUGUUCAAUUUGAUUCGUCAAGGCGGGGCAAGCGUCUGUGGCAAUCAUGUCGUGACUCUCCCUAGUAUAACAGAACCGUGAUGGCCGCUACUGCCCUGUUUCCGCCUCUUUCGUGGUGCUAGGCAGGCCUUGUUUCCCAAUAUGCUCUGUUUUCACAUUCCAUGCUAGUCACCAAAUGCCAUUUUGCACAAGAGAAAGGGGAGGGUGGGAUCUGGC